AUGCAACAACACACCAGACCAACAGUCUGCAAUCCGUUACGUGCAACCAAGUCAUCAGAUGGCGAACAUGGAGUCGAUCGAAGGGAGCUGAAUGUACCGCAUGAGCACUUGGCUGGCGGCCUCUUCCACACCACGCAUAGCAACAACAGCAAUAAGGCGAGGAUCGACAAGCAUAGUGAACAACGACACACAAUAUGUGAACAACAGCAUAUGAUGAUUACGACAUCGGUUCCUUUUGUACGCUGUUUGGAGAUACAUGUGGUACGCUAUCCUAUGAAGAUCUUGAAAACGCUGCCGGCUUAUGGAUACUGA